UCCACCCGGCUGACCUCCUUUCUGAAGUCUCUGCACUCCUGCUCUCCCCACGCUCACUGCUCCGUGUCAGGUCUCUGCAGCUCACCUUCCUGCCCACCAUUCCAGACAUACCCACUUCCUGGGAUGCAGGAGGGCCAGCACUCAGGGCAUGCUGAGCUCCAGGAUGGUGUCCCGCAAAGCUGUGGCUUCCCUGCUGCUGAUUCAUGUCGCCGCUAUGCUGGCCUCCCAGACAGAAGCCUUUGUUCCCAUCUUCACCUACAGCGAAUUCCAGAGGAUGCAGGAAAAGGAGCGGAACAAAGGGCAAAAGAAAUCCCUGAGUGAGCAGCAGAGGUCUGUAGAGGUCAGUGCCCUGGACCCCGCAGAGCCCACAAAGGAGGAAGACCUAGUUAUCAAGCUGACUGCUCCUGUGGAAAUUGGAAUGAGGAUGAACUCCAGGCAGCUGGAAAAGUACUGGGCCGCCCUGGAAGGGGUGCUGAAUGAGGUGCUGCCGUCCCCUCAGAACGGCAAGUGACAGCCCACUCCAGGGAGAAGGUGGCCAGAACUGGGAGGCCCCUCCCAGCGAUGGAGGCCCAGGAAGUCUGCAGGGACCAUCAGCUGGGCUUGGAAAGAAGACACCCUCUCCCAACUAAAUCCCCCUCCAGCAAAUAAAAUU